AUGGCGCGCCUGGGCUCUGAUUUCAAGCAGUUGGAUGAACUAGGCCAGACGUUGAAGGAUCUCCUGCUAGCUGGUCAGACCAUCUGCUAUUUCUGCGAGCUAAAUGCCACAGAUCCCCGUGGCUUGUCGUCUGCCGAGAAUACAACUCUGCGGCAAAAGGCCACCGAGCUCGAGUUCGACCUAUUGGCCUACCCAUACCAGGGACAGGGCAAUAACGAGCAUGAUGGCGAGCCACACCUGCCAUCGUUCCAGACAGUCGUGCGACUUGCAGCGCUCGGCUUCCUUUCUUUUGCACCUCACACAAUCCUGCCAUCGACAGGCUUGGGCAGGGCUUUGACCCACCACCAGCAGCGAGCAGUACAGCAAUGGCUCCAAGAAGUCAAUUCCAACUGUGGCAUUGCCGAGAUGAGGGCUGUAAUGUGGGCGUUGUUCAUCUUCACGCAAAACGCCCGGGGGCAGCCAGAAGAGGCCUUUUUUGGACGGCUACUAUCCCAGUUCGCCCGUGACUUGUGGCUGCUCAGCUGGCAGGAUAUCGAGACCACCAUCUACGGAUUUCUCUAUAUUCCCAGUCUACAGGCGUCUGUAUGGAAUGACAUCUGGGCUGCGAGCUGCAAAGCUCACACCCCAACGCGGUCUUUGCAACCCUGA